AUGUCAGAUUUCAGAGAAGCCUUAUGGAAAAAUAAUGCCGAUCCUGAAGAGGCUUGGCUGAAAUAUAUCAGGCAAGGAUCACAAAGACAAGAGAUGAUAAAUUUCCUCACUAAUGACUUUCCACUUUGUGCAUGGAGUCUAAGAAUGCUUGAUAGAAGGCUUAUCAUUUUGACAUAUUUUUCAAUGAUGGUACUGUUAAGUAGAUCAAGUAACAAUGCACAAAAAAAUUAAGGCAUUGAAAUACUAAAAAACUCUUCUAAAAUCACUCAAGACCAAAACAACUUUACAACUUCUGUAAAGGGACACAACGCAUGAUGAGACAUACAAUCAUGCCUGCACAGUAUCAUGGUAGUGGCAGCCCUCCGCCACAGUGAUAUUCACUUUGACUUUUGGUUUGAUUUGAUGUUGAAUUUAUUUUUUAUUUCCACAUGAAUUGCCCUUGGAUUUCAGUUUUAUUUCAAAAUGAUUUCUCUUUGACAAUGCUAUUACUUUUGCUUUUAAAUUUGAUUUUUACUCCAUUUUUCUUUCAGUUGUUCUUUUUCCUUUGUUUUGCAGCCACGUUCCAUUUCAUUUUCAGUUUUGGUUUAUUUUUAUCUUUUAUUUUUUAUUCAAUCCUAGAAAAACUGUAAAAUUUUGAGUGGCAGCCCUUGGCCACCAUACAUGACCUUCAGUGUGGGAAUUCUGAUAUACUCUACCCAGAAUUUUCUGCUUUAA